CACAGUUUCACAUCCGACUCAAACAUGGCGACUACGGCGAUGGCGGCGGCGGCGAUCGCUGCGACACCGUCGACGGUAAAGACUUCCUUCUAUGCCUGCAACCACCACGCUCCCUUCCUCUCGUCUUGCCGCCCCCGUCUCUCCUUCCACCAUCGCCUCUCCUCUUCUCCCCUAACCCUCCCUUCCCUUUGGGCCCCAAAAUACAGCCCCAUCCACCGCCAUUGCGCCGCUUCUGCCUCCUCUAAGGUAGAUGCUUCUACUGCUACUUUCCACGGCCCGUGCUACGUCCUCGGAGAUAACAUCGACACCGACCAGAUCAUCCCGGCGGAGUACCUCACCCUCGUCCCCUCCAAGCCCGACGAAUACGAGAAGCUCGGAUCCUACGCCUUUAUCGGCCUCCCAUCCGCCGCUUAUUCUACUCCUUUUAUUGCCUCCGGCGCCACGAAAACUGGCUUCCCCAUCAUCAUCGCCGGGGCUAACUUUGGCUGCGGUUCCUCUCGCGAGCACGCCCCCGUCGCCCUCGGUGCUGCAGGCUCCCGGGCCGUCAUUGCCGAGUCCUAUGCCAGGAUCUUCUUCCGUAACUCGGUGGCCACCGGAGAGAUCUACCCGGUGGAAUGUGAAAGGGUCGGAUUGUGGAAGGAGUGCACCACAGGGGAUAUCGUGACGGUAGAGCUUGGGGAGAAUCGGCUGAUCAAUCAUACUACCGGAAAGGAGUACAAGUUGAAGCCGAUUGGGGAUGCUGGACCCGUUAUUGAGGCCGGAGGGAUCUUUGCUUACGCAAGGAAGGCCGGUAUGAUUGCUGCGCCAUCUAAUUGAAGACUUAAAGCACCACGAUAAUGAAUUUGCAGUAGCAGAGGUGUUCUCUUGAGGUGUCCUUACGAUAAUGAAUUUGCAGUAGCAGAGGUGUUCUCUUGGGGUGUCCUUACGAUAAUGAAUUUGCAGUAGCAGAGGUGUUCUCUUGAGGUGUCCUUAACCAGUCUGUGCUUGUGUCUCUACCUUGCAAGUGUGGUCCAUUAGCGUCGAGAGAUCUAUGAAACAGUGUGUAAUAAGGUGUACUCUCCUUGUAGUACUUUACUGGAACUUUGUGUACCGUAGUUGCCUUGUUCUGUUCAUCAUUAUUUGAAUUUUAUUACUCCGUCUUGAAUUCAAGCCUGUGAACACUGCAGUGAUUUCGGAUU